ACUCCCGGCCUGUCAGUUGCCUGGUAACGCCCGCUGGAGGAGUCCUAGAGUAAUAAGGUCCGGGAGAAGUGUCACUGGCCCUAAGCGAGACCCUGUAGCCCGUUCUCGAGGCGCCAGCGGUCUGUCCCCGCGGCUUGGCGGGCUAGGGCAGGGCGAUGUUGCAGGAGGAGUCGGAUCUGUCUCUCAUCAUUGCCCAGAUAGUUCAAAAGCUCAAGGGCUCCAGUUUGUACGCUCAGUUGGAACGCCAGGCCUGGGCCAGUCUUCAGAGACCUGAGAUUAAACUUGAAUCAUUAAAAGAAGAUAUUAAGGAAUUCUUUAAAACAUCAGGUUGGGAGAAGAAACUUCAGAAUGCUGUUUAUUGUGAACUGAGUGUGUUUCCUUUACCUCAUCAUCCUGCCGCACCUCCAGAGCAUCUUAAAGAACCUUUGGUGUACAUGAGGAAAGCACAGGGAAGUUGGGAAAAAAGAAUUUUGAAGAGUUUAAAUAGUAUGUGCACUGAACUGAGUAUCCCAUUGGCACGAAAGAGGCCUGUUGGAGAACAGAAAGAACUUCUCAGUAAAUGGAAUGAAAUGGGAACUGAUGAGCCAGAUUUAAGCCUUUUCAGACCUGUUUAUGCACCUAAGGAUUUUCUUGAGGUAUUAGUUAAUCUUCGCAACCCAAAUUAUGAAAAUGGUGAUUCUCCUAGUUUCAGGACUCAUUUGGGUUUAAUCCAAGUUCCUCUGAAAGUAAAAGACAUCCCUGAAUUGAAAGAAUUCUUCAUAGAACUCGGCUUAACUACAGGACAACUGGGUAUAGAUGAUUCUACACAAGUGCCUCCUGAACUUUUUGAAAAUGAGCAUGUACGUAUUGGGCAAAAAGUUCUAGCAGAACAAGAUAGUGCUGCUGCUCAACAAUAUGUCAGACAAGGAAGCCCCACAGCACUGAGAGCUGAAUUAUGGGCUCUCAUUUUGAAUAUUUCCAGUCAACCUGAGGAUAUCUUAUAUUAUGAGCAGCUUAAGACCAAUGUGAUACAACAUGACCUUUUGGUGGACAGUCUAAUUUAUAAAGAUGUGAAGUUGACUGCAAGCAAUGAUGAUUAUUAUUUUGUAUUUGAAGAUUAUUUAUAUCAGGUAUUACUUUGUUUUUCCCGGGAUACGUCUGUGUUGGGUCACUUUGCAUACAACAGUGCUUCACCACCGAAAUCAUACAUAAGAGGAAAACUAGGACUAGAAGAAUAUGCUGUCUUUUAUCCACCAAAUGGUGUAAUCCCUUUUCAUGGAUUUUCAAUGUAUGUUGCACCACUUUGUUUUCUAUACCAUGAACCUUCCAAAUUGUAUCAGAUAUUCCGUGAGAUAUAUGUGCGUUUUUUCUUCAGACUCCAUUCCAUCUCUUCUCAUCCUUCUGGUAUCGUGUCACUCUGUUUGCUGUUUGAAACACUUCUUCAAACUUAUCUCCCCCAGCUCUUUUAUCAUCUACGAGAAAUAGGGGCUCAACCACUACGCAUAUCAUUUAAGUGGAUGGUUCGAGCUUUUUCUGGAUACUUAGCCACAGAUCAACUCUUGCUUUUGUGGGAUAGAAUCCUAGGAUACAAUUCUCUGGAAAUUCUUGCCGUGCUGGCAGCUGCUGUGUUUGCUUUCCGAGCAGUGAACCUGAUGGAGGUGACAUCACUGGCUGCAGCUGAAGCAGUUCUUGCUGACCUUUCUACUUUAAAAGUCAUGCCUCUUCUUCAAAUUUUUCUGUUUGCCACUGUCACAUGAUCUUCAAGGUCACCAACAACACAUCUAGUUUUUCACUAGAAACUAAUCAUGGACUAUGCAAAUUCUGCAUAAAACCAAAAUGAAACUUUGCAUAUAAGCCAAUAAAGAUCAUGUUCCCUCCUCAGUUAAACCUAAGUAGUUUUUCACUUUUUGAAACAAUAACUCUGCAGACCAAAUAUUGUACUGCGUGCUGCUGAUUUUCAAGAGAGAAGCAAUAGACACACUUCUGCUAAAUUGAACAUACUAUAUAUGUAAUCCUGAUUUAUAAGAGGCAUGUAACAAUAUAUGCAAUAAGGACUAACGAUACUGUAAUAAAUUUGAAGAGGUAAUGUAACCUCUGGGACAAUUAUCUUAUGUCAGUCGGUAAAUUUAUCUCUAGAUAAUAUAUCAUUAUGUCUUAUAUAUUGCUCUUCACUAAGAGCUGGGGUGGGGUAGGAUGUGGGCAGACUUGAAAAACACAAUGCUUUUAAAUAGGAAUUUAAAUGUACUUUGAUGUUUCCAACAACAUUUCUCUCACUAGAGAUCUUCUAGGUCCUGCUACACUUUAUUUCUCUCUCAAAGGUCUCUGCUGGGGAAGGUCAAAUACAAUUGUGUCCAUUUGACAGUAUUUUAUUUAUCUGUUUCUGAAAAAUGAAAAUUAUGGAGUGAUCCCUUCAACUUCUGGACCUUCUGUCUCUUAGUUUAGAAGACUUGACACUGCUGAGGCCCAUUGCCAGAUUCUGUACUUUGGAAGUAUACAGAGAAGACGCCCAAGGAGUCAGUGAAGGGAAUGAAGAAUCAAAACCAUGUCCACUUUUGCUGAAGCUUGGUUUAACGAUAUUUUCCCAUAGGGUAGAGCAGCUGAGACUGGAAUAGAGACUGUACAUUCAUUCUAGAACUGAAGACAUUAUGCAAGGCAUCAGUCUUAUUUAGGUUUUUAUUAUAAGUGAAGGGCCUUAUUUGUAUUACUUCAUAAAGACCUAUCACCUGUCUAAUACAGAAUAAGAGUGUGGAAAAGAAGUCUAAAACCAUUGUCUUUAAAUUUUAGACUGAAAUUCAAGAUGCUGAUCAUUUCAACAGAACUCUAAGUUAAUAGAAAGAUGCUCUUACUGAAUGCCUGGAAUUUUAUCCAAAUGUAUUUCUGGAGUCUUUAAUUAGAGACCAUUAUAUUAGGAAAUGUAUGAGGUUUAACACAAGACUGCAAGUGUGGUAGAGUUUGAUACAACCAGUUAUUACUUCAAAAAUGUCUGUUAUAUGCUUUUAUUUGUCAGGUACUUGUUGACUUAUGAGGACUAAAUAAUUUCACUCCAUGACUGAUUAAAAAUAAACUCCAUUUUAUUGCCUUUGAAGGUGACAGUCAUAAUCAUAUGCUCUGCUGUUGUGUGUGCAGAUGCAUGUUCACCAUGAGGAUAAGCACACACUUAGGACUGUUCUCUCUCUUCUGUUAGGAAGAAAGCAAGUUUUGAAUGGUUAAGGUCAAAUGUGUACAUGCCCUUUGGCUUCUUUCUUUAGAAGAAUAUUCAUAAGCCUUUUUAAAAGCAGCAAUGUAGUGAUCUGGUAGGAAAAACACUAGACGAGGGAGUUCUUGUGCUAGCUUAAAGUCCCUAGAUAAUUUAACCUCUCUUAUCUGUAUGGGGGUAGGGGGAGCAAGGACAGACAGCAGGAAAUUACUGUAUUUGCUCUGUUUGCCUUACAGGGUUGAGUAAGACCAAAUGAGAAAAUAUAUUUGACAGUGAUUUUCUUUUAACUCCAAAGCACCAAGUAAAUAUAAGAUGUUGCUGGUAAUAUGACAUUUCAAGGUUAAGUGGUAGAGGAUAAUAUAUGAAUAAUGCCCAAAUUCAUUAGCAUCUGUGUGACUUUAUUUGAUAAUUUGAGACUGUGUUUAUAAAAAAAUGAAUGGACUAUGGCUCAGUAGGUCCUUUAAUUUGGAACUGGUGGUUCCAACCAGUAGUUCUGAAUCUGAAUCCCAAACCAAAGCUGGUAGCCUGCGACAGUUUGCUGCUGUCACAAACCUCUCUUGGCCAUGUGCUGCUGCUCUUGGCUGCUUGUUAAAAUACUGCAUUGAGGACCCUCAUGCCCCCUCCAUCUCUAACUCCUUCCUCAUAUUACCUCUCUCAGCUUCCUUCUGCUUUCUCCCACAUCAUCUCCUGUCAGCCCCAAACAGCCCUCAUAUAUGCUCUGCCAGUGAUCACAACGAGUUGAGUGACCAGGGAUCAUUAUAUAACUUUUCUAUCUAUGGUAUACACACUGAGGGUGAAAUAGCCCAAUAGACAAAUUAUAUUUGGCUCUUCUGGAUUUCAAUUCACCCUCAAAUGAAAUAUGUAUGAGCUUAUAUUAUGUAAGAAUUUAUUGAACAAUCAUUUUGGUUACAAUGUUUUGGUAAUAGAACAUUCUAGCUAAUUGAAAUUUUCAGUUUGUCUUAACUGCAUAGCACCCCUGUACACUCAGCAUGUACUCUUUCUUCCUAUUUCAUAGAGAAAAUAGUGACUAUUAGGUUUGAACUUGUUUAGCCUUCCAGUUCAAAACUUAGCUUUAUCCCCUGUACUUAACUCCUUCCCUCUUGUCUCAGGAAGUAUCUAAUCUUUUCCUACAGUUCUCUAAGUACAGAGUUGAUUAUGUCACUUCCUUGCUUAAAAUUUAGACAAUACCCCAUUGCUUAAAGGAUAAAGUCCAGGCUCUGUAGCAUCACAGGGAAAAUUCUCCACAAGUCGGUCCUUCCAUUCCUGUAUUCCCACACUGAUUCAUUAUCCUACAGAUUACAUGCUGAUCCUCAACCAGCUAUGGCAGUGCACUUUGUCUCUGCCAGAAGGACCUCCACUUUUCAAGGCCCAACUAAGAAAAUCUCCUCUAUUGUGAAAAUAACCUGGAGCUUGUGAAUCAGAACUAAUUAUGUCCUUUUCUUUAUUCUCAUAAAACUGCUCAUCCAUUAACAUGGUGCUAAGGGUAUUGAGUGAUAGUUUUUUGUAUAUGUGUUGACUCUCAUAUCACUUUAUUCUGAAACCAGUUUUCAUUGACUAGUCUUAGAUAUGGAAAGUGAAAGAAGAAAUUUGUCCAUAUGUAUUUGUAUCCCUUGACUUUUCUAAAAAUUUUGGAAUCUGUUUUUCUUAAAAUAUAAUUCCUUCUCAAUACCUGGUCUCCCUUCUUCCACAAAGGCUCUAAUUUUUAUUUGGAAAUCUAUCCUCUCCUCUAGGCUUCAGAUGAGGCUGACUCCUACCCCAGGACCCCUGGGUCCUGGCCAAGACAGUCACCAUGUUCCAUCCCUCUGGCCAUAGGAAUUGCUUCAAGAUCAGUGAAUAAUGUAAGAACAAUAAAGACCAAUGAAACUUGAUUACAAGGCUUUGCUUUAAUCUUUCAGAGAAGCUGGAUAUGAAAAAGAGAGGAUUAUAGGCUCUGGAGUUGCCACAGCCUAGGAAUGGGAAAAGUAAAAAGCUGCCGUGUUGACCUCAUUGAUCCCCAUCACACUCCACCAGUUUAUCCCUGGACUAUUUCAUUACAUGAACCAAAAGAUUCUGUUUGCAACAGAAAGGAUCCUAACUGAAGGUACAGUUAUUUUACCUGUUAGAUGACUCACUACAACGUAGGUAUCAUGAUUUGGUGCAGGACCCCUGUGUACACAGUGUUUAAACUAGAGGAAUCUUUUAAAACUUCUUUUCAGUCAAGACAUUCUGUGACCUUACAAGGUUGAUUUCUGUGUUCCAGAAGUACCUGAAGUACCUUGAACACGUGGUAUGUCUCUCUCCUUUGGCCCUUUGCCCAUACAGCACCCUCUGCUUGGAAUGCCUUCUCUUCCUUGUUUACCUAACUCUCACUUGUACCUCAAAACCUAGCUCAGGUGUUGCAUCAUCAGGGAAGACAGCCUGUCUUGUGAAUUCUCCACAUACUCUAAAUAUACAUAAGCUGUAUCAUAGUAUGUUAGCUUGUCUUUCUCUUCUGCUAGACUGUGACCCCUGAAGGGCAAAAAUAGUUUCUUUUUUGGCCUUAUAUUUCUAGAACCUGAUACAGUGUUUGCCCCAGCAGACUUUAAUAAAAGUUUAUUGAAGGAGCAAAUGAAGUCAUCUAAUCUAAUUUUUUCAUUUUACUAGUGAGGCACCUUGCUCAGUUCAGAGAAAUAACUUACUUGUUCAGUGUCACACAGCUAUUUUAUCCACUAAAUUGACUUGUAAAGUUGCCUGUGGAAGACCAAAAGGAAAAAUAUUUUGAGAGAAAAAAACAUAAACCCUUCAACUCACUCAGUUUUUUUCAUUAAAGCAACUUUAUUAAGUUGUAAUUCAUGUACAAAAAUGUAUGCAUUUUUAUUGUAUAAUUCUGUAAGUCAUGAAAAAUGUAUAUACCUACAUCACCACCACCACAGUCAAGGUACAGAACAUUUCCAUCACCUGAAGCACUUCUCUUUACACUCCUUCCCAUUGGUCUCCCAUAUACACUUUCAUUCCAGAUGACCACUUUCUUCUCUGUCUCUACAGAUUAAAUUUUAUUCCUAGAGUUUCAUGUAAAUGGAAUCAUACAUAUGUACCACUUUGUUUCUGGCUUUUUUUAUUCAGCAUAAUGUUUUGAGAUUCAUCCAUUUGUUAUGUGAUUAGUUAUCCAUUCCUUUUUAUUGAAUCAUAUUUCAUUGUAUGAUUAUUUCAUACAAUUUGUUUAUCCAUUUGUUAAUGGGUAUCCCUGUUCUCAUUUUUUGGUGUAUUAUAGAUACAGCUACUAUAAACAUUUGGAUACAAUCUUUCAUGUGGACAUAUAUCUUCAUUCCUUUUGAAUAGAAUUGUUGAGACAUAUGUAGACAUGAGUUUAACUUUCUAAGAAACCCCCAAAUUUUUUUUUGAAGUGAUUCUGUAAUUUUAUAUUCCCACUAGCAAUGUAUAAGAGUUCUAGUUGCUCCAAAUCCUCACCAUCACUUGGUAUUAUAGUGUUAAUCGUUCUAGUAUGUGGUUUUAAUUUGCAUUUUCCUAAUUACUAAUAAUGUUGAACGUCUUUUCAUGCAUAUUUGCUAUUUUUACAUCUUCUUUUGUCGUGUCUGUUCAAGUCUUUUGUCCAUUUUUAAUCAAUUAUCUUAAGUUAUAAGAAGUCUUUAUUCUGGAUAUACUUAUGGUUUGUAACAUUUCCUUCCAUCCUGUGGCUUGUCUCUUUAUUUUCUUAACUACAUUUUAAAGAGCAGAAGUUUUAAUUUUGUUUGAAUCAGUUUAUCUAAGUUCUUUUAUGGUUCAUUCAUAUUUUUUGUGUCCUAAGAAAUCUUUGUAUAUCUUAAGAUCAAAGGUUUUUUGCCUGUUUUCUUCUAGAAAUGAUGCAGUUUUAGGUCUUACAUUUGCGCCUAUGAUUUUUAAAAAAGAAAUUUAUAUAUGAUACAAAUUAAGGGUUGAGGGUCAUGUUUUUAUAUAUGGAUAUGCUGUUGUUUCAGUGCCAUUGCUAAAAAAAACUUAUCCUGUCCCUUUUACAUCAGCACCUCUGCAUAGAAAUCAAUUGCUUUUAUUUCUAUGGGCUUAUUUCUGGACUCUGUUUGGCUCCAUAAAUUUAUUCCAAUACCACACUGUCUUGAUUUUUGUAGCUUUAGAGUAAGUCUUGAAAUCAGGUAGUAUAAAUCUUCUAAUUUCAUUCACCUUCAUCAAAAUUAUCUGGGUUAGUCUAAGUUCUUUGGUUUCUAGAAAUACUUUUAGCAUCAGUUUUUCCCAUUGUACAAAAAAAAAGCUGCUGGCAUUUUUAUUGUGAUAGCAUUGAAUCUGUAGAUGAGUUUGGGGGACAAUUGAUAUCUUAACUAUAUUGAGUUUGUCAAUCCAUGAACAUGGAAUAUCUCUCCAUUUAUUUAAGUCUUCUCUAAUUUCACAGAGCAAUAUUUUAUAGUUAUCCAUGUAGAGCUCUUACACAUAUUUUGUUCUAAUUAUCCCUAAUUAUUUCACAUUUUUAUACUAUUGUGUCAUUUUUAAUUUCAAUUUAAAAUGGUUUGUCAAUAUAUAGAAAUACAAUUGAUUUUUUUUAUAUUGACCUUGUAUCCUGAGGCCUUGCUAAACUUACUUAUUACUUCUACCCACUAUUUCCUUUUUGUAGUUUCCCUGGAAUAUUCUACAUAUACAAUAUGUCGUCAAUAAAUAAAGACAAUUUUACAUUUUUUCCAAAUCUAUAUGCCUUUUAUUUUUCUUUCUUCAAACCUGCAAUAGAAUGUAGAAGUGUUGCAGCUCACCUAGUUUUAAAUCAAACACAUUUCUUUCUUGAAUAAGUGCAAUAAAUAUUUUAAAUAUAUAUCAGUUAAAUAGUUUGGCCAAUUUAGGUAUAUAACAGUGGGAGGAAAUGAAACAGAUACAGAAUAUGGUGAGGACACAUGAAAAUAAUUUGUUAAGCUUUGUAUCACUGAUGAUUCAAAAACUUUUCUUCAAAUCAUUCUUUUAACUUAUGCAGUUGGCCUUAGUAGUAUCAGUGCCUUUGUUAUGUUACUUAGGAGAUUGUUUUUGUAUUACACCAACUAUUUAUCCUUAAAACUUUUUUUUAGAUAUGUGAUGUGCAUAUAUGUGUUCAACAAACAUUAAAUGCUUACUCUGAACAAAAAGUACUAUGCUGGGCACUCAAUGUUUAUAUUUAUUUGUAUGUUUGUUUUUUAGUAACAAA